GUCUUUGUUAAAACAAUUGCUGUCUUUAAACUUUAGUUUAUUUUAUUUAACUAGUAUCUUUAGAUUCUGCUUUAUUGGUAUUAUGGCGAGCAACAUAGCAGCAGUAACAACGUUCUGGGAAGCGAUUUCGAUUGUUAUGUAUACGACAGGUGCGAUAAUGCAACUUUAUAUUACGUGCUCCUGUGUGCAACAAUUAUUAGAUGCGAGUACGGAAGUAACGGAUAAAGCUUUUCACGAAAAGUGGUAUUUACUUCAACCAUCGACAAAAUGUAUAUUUAUGUUGAUAAUUAUGGCUAACAGUUUAGAAUGUAAAAUUGCGGCUUUUGAAAAUUUCAAUCUUUCCUUGUCCUCGUUUAUGAAGAUUUUAAAUCAGUCGUACUCGAUCGCUCUUCUGUUUUUAAGAAUGAAUUAAAAAGUGACGGAAACGUUCUACUUACAGUAGUUAUAAUUGUUACUUCCAAACUAAUAACAAAAAUUAAUAAUCUUGUGAAUUUAUUUUGGUUUGGUAAAGUUGACUCAGAUCAACAAAAAAAUAUCUGAAAAUUGUGACUAGGGUAAGUUAGGGUAUGAUGACCAUACGGGAAAGAUGGCCAAUGGCUAUAAUUUCUUUAAUAAUUGCUAAACAAUGUGUUCUCAUAAUUAUUUUCAAAGAUAAUCUAUAUUUACUCUAAUUUAUGUGCGUAUACUAUUCGAAAUAAUGAUAUUGUGGAUGUUACAUCACGUUUUUAUUUUUGACUGCCUGCGAAGUUUUUCACGUGUUUAUUAGAAAUUGCCACAAUGUCGAAUAAAUUACAGUUGUGCUGUUGCAAUGAACGUUACCCACGUAACAAAAAUAUGUAAAUUGUAAUGUGUAAUUAUAUUUUUUAUUUUCUUUUCUAUUUUUUAAAUAAAUACUAUGAUUAUCUUUCUCUCGCAGUUUGGGCAAGACAGCCCAUGACAUUUCGGGGUAAGUGUUUAUAUAUAUAUUUUAUUAAAAAAGAUGCGAAUUAAGUUAUGCACCUAAUAUUUUAAUUUCACAUAUGUUUUUUUUUUUAGUAAUGACAAUGAAUUAAAUUGGUCCUAACUUGUGUGAACAUUUAAUAUGAAAAAUGUUUAAAAACAAAAUUAAAUAUGUGAUAAUAUGUGGCAAUAAAACUAAAUAUGUAAAAUUAUAAGUUUUUCUAUUAUUCUUUAAAUGUUAAGUACAUAAAAAAUGUAUAGCCAACUGUUCUAUAAUACUGUGGCCAUCUUUUCCAUAAAAGUUGUGAAAAAUGGCCAAUGUUCAUAUUUCAAUAUUUUGAUAAUAAAAAAUUUUUAUUAAGUAUUUUCUCUUUAAUGUCGAUAGUUUUACAUACUUAAAGCUUCAGUGAAGUAAUAUAC